CAUAAACGUUGCCGAUAGAGAUGGGCGCAGCGCAGUGCUUGUCGGGCCAUGUGCUAGAGAGAGACGACAAUAUUUUACAGUGCAGUGGUGAGAACUCGGUUAAAUGCUGCCACGUCUCUUCUCCACCACCUCGGGCAGAGUUUCCAUCGCUUUGGAAUAAUCGAAAAGUAUUACUACACUAAAGGGAAAUCGAUAACGUUAUUAAACAGGUGAUCUGAAUUGCCUUUAAAGACGAUCUUAUCCACCGUUCUUAUGUUUUACCCAAAAUCUCCGUUUUUGGGGAGUCCUCUGUUGGAAAGCGAGAUCCUGAAAGUGAAUGUAGACGGCUGGUCUUGCUCCACUGCUGGAAUGGCUGUGCUUGACGCCAAAAGUCACCACGUACCGGGUGAAUACUCUUCGCAUAACGGUUGAUGCCUUCCGGGAAAAGUUGGAGAAUAAACUCGCUGAUCGCUACGGCCAGGAAUCCCCAAAGGUCUAUGGUCUGCCGAACCUGCCGGAAAUGUUGUGCAUUGAACCGCUGGUCACAAAGUUUUCCGAGGCCUCCGUCGAUCCCGCGCUUAAGGAGAUAAUAGUGGACACUAGUUGCGGAGCCGCCCUACUGCGAGGUGCUCACAUAUACGCCCCCGGCGUCCUUGCCAUGGAAUCCAACACUCAGCUCCAGGAAGCUGUCAGCGUUUACGCCGAUCUGGGUGGAAAAUGCAAGCGCGGUUCUGUAACCCGCUUCGACAGUCCGGAGAAAAUCUUCCUGGGCACGGGCAAAGUGCUUAUGCAGCGCUACCAGCUGUUCAACAACUCCGAUGAACCAGCCACAGGAGUUGCCGUGGAAAUGCAAUCUAACAUUAGCAGAGUGCCCUCGCUGGGAGAUCUGAGCAGCGAAGACGCCCUGCUGCAGAACCUGCCCUCCAUUGUGUGCGUGCGCGUCCUCGCCCCGCAGCCCGGGGAACGCGUUUUGGACAUGUGCGCCGCUCCCGGAAACAAGACUGGCCACAUUGCCGAGCUGAUGGGCGAUCAGGGAUCCGUUGUGGCCCUUGACAAUUCCACAAGUCGAGUGCGCAGCAUGCUGCCCAAAUUGGAUCACUACAAAAGCAUAACGGCCCACGUGUUUGACUCGACUAAGGCAGUGGCCGUGGGGGCUGCUCACAGUGGACCAGCCACAGUUCCUCCCUUUCACUGCGCCAGCUUUGAUCGCAUCCUACUGGACGCCCCCUGCAGUGGCCUGGGCAACCGGCCACAGCUGUCCUGCAGUAUCAAACAGGCCAAAGUGCUGCAUUCGUAUCCCAACAUCCAGCGACGGCUUUUUGGGCAAGCAGUCCAGCUUUUGCGCCCUGGCGGCAUCCUCGUAUAUAGCACGUGCACCGUGACCGAAGCCGAGUGCGAGUGCAUAGUGGCCUGGGCGCUGGAGAAAUUUCACGACCUCCACCUGAUGGAUGCAACGCCCCGCUUGGGCGGUCCGGGAUUUCCGCUUCCCGAUUUGGAUGCAUCCAAGUCCCGUCUGCUACAGCGCUUUGGACCCAGCGAAGCAAGUGCAGACACGGUGGGAUUCUUUAUUGCCAAGUUUCAGAAAAAUAAAUGAAUUUAUCAAUGUUCACUGAAA